ACGAUAAACUGAUUCCGAUUGGACAAAGCAGCGUGAGCUGUGAGAAGAAGAGUAUAAGUAACCCCAAGGCGUUGCUCUAGCUGUAGGCAGUGUUAAUGUUUGUGGGGUGUGUGUUUGUAGCCUAUGUGGGGAAAGUAUUUAUAAGAGAGCCUUUAUAAUUUAUUUUGAACCAACAUAGCUAUAUCAAGCACUUUUAAAAAGGAACUAACGGGUUGGGCGCCAUGGUUGCUACAAGCAAACUUAAGAGUAAAAACCCGGAAUGCAUAUCAGAAUUGAUUGACCGUAGAUACGACUUGACUUGUAUUGAAAAUGAGCUGGAUUCCUGGGAACACUGUUUGGCUGAGCCUCACCUGAACGUGGAGGUGUCUGAGGACAGGAUGUGUCAGCAGUUGGCCAAGAUGUUUGAGAACUGCCUGUCACGGGCCAAGAAGACCACGAUGCGUUGCUCUAAGGUGCUGGUCCCUGAGAAGCUGACUCUGAGGAUAGCACGCGAUGUACUGCGCCUGUCGUCGGGUGAGCCGUGCGGCCUACGCGGCUGUGUACUCUACGUGCACCUGGAGCAGGAACAGUGCUGUAAGCAGCUGGAGCGCAUCGUGUACAAUGCAGACGUGGUGCCCACCUUCGAGCUGACGCUGGUGUUCAAGCAGGACUGUAGUGCCUGGCCCAGUCUCAGGGACUUCCUGCACAUUGGUGCCUGUUUCACUCCAGGCUUCAGGCAUGCGCUCAAACUCAGCCCUGGCUUCCGGCUCAUCAAGAAGAAGCUCUACUCCUCCUUGGCUGGUACCGUGGUAGAAGAGUACUGAGAAGGGGGAAUUGAGGAAGAUUUGUCCACUGCUGUGCAGCAAAGUAAACCCACCUAGAGGCUAUAGGAAGAGGACUUGGAAAAGUUCUGGGGGCCAUAAUGUAGGUGUUCAAUGCUGAAUUGGGGGUAUGUAAGUGUUUGUUAGCGAGCCAUUGAAUGUUUGUCCUUGUGAACAUGCUGCUCAUUGACGGGGCUCCAACCUCGACGGAUGCCAUAAACUGCCACUUAGUUAAUGUUGAAGAAAAAUCGAAAAAAAAAAUCUUGCACUUGUUAGAUCCUAGCUCCACGGGGGUUCUUCAGGGCUUGUUCUUUUUAUACCUUUCUCAAUUGAUGGCUGUAAGUAACUUAAGAUUUGUUUUGUUGAGAUUCCUGUUAAAGGCAGUGGCAAUGUCUUUUUGACAAUUAAACAUUUUAAACCUA